AUGUACUCAUCAUUCAUUACUAAAAAACCUAUUGGAUAUAGUUUGCUAAUUACAUGCAUGAUUCUUGAUCUAUUUAUUGCAGCAUCCUAAUAUUCAAACUACUGUGAAUUUUUCAAUAAACCAAUUUAUAAAGUAUCAUCAGAUAAUGGAAUAACAAUUUAUUAAACUAAUUCAGAAGGAUGUGUACUAAGUUAAAAUUUUGAAUUAACUUAUAUGGGUUUAGGUGUUAGUGAUCAAAAUGCAAAGUCAGAAGUUGACAAUCGAAUCACAAUAUUAAAUUCCAUUAACACUGAAUUAUUUGCUUAUUUAUCUCUCUUUGUCUUCUACUUCCACAUUAUUACAAGCUUUUUGCCUUUGUUUGUAGACUUCAUCUUAUCUAUUUCAGAAUAUUGGGCUUACAAGACAAGAAACACUCUCAUGAUAUCAUUAAUUAGGAAUUUAAUCGUUAUCAACUGGUAAUUAAUGCAACCCUUACUCCUACUUACAACAGUCGUUAAUAGUAUUACCUAUAAAGAAUGCUUUGAAGUGUAAGAUUUAAGAUUUCUGAUCCCAAUUUACACAACAGAAUGGGCUAUCCUCUUUAUAGUUGUAAUAGUUCUGGAAACUUAUACGCUUUUUUUCUUUUUAGUUAAAUGGCGAAAUGAAUUCCCUUGUUAUCUUCUAAUAUUUUAAAUGUUUCAUUUUGGCAUUUUUCACACUGUUAUUAUUUACAAUAUGGUUAAGGGAUCAAAAAAACUAUUGCAAGUUUUAUUCACUUAUAAAUAGUGGGUGACAGUUUUUGAAAUCCAAAAAUUAUAUCUAGAAUUCUAUGUAAUUUAAGAAAGAUUUCGAAAUCACAGAAUAUAAUAGGCUAAAUUUGCUCAAUUAUAUAACUAAAAAUUUUGA